AUGCAGCGCUUCACCGUCUCCACCGUUCUCCUCUUCCUCGCUCUUCUCACCGUCGCAGAUGGAGGUUCCAUUGGAGUUAACUACGGUCGCAUAGCGAACAACCUUCCCUCCGCGGUGAAGGUGGUUCAGCUCCUCAAAUCCCAGGGACUGAGCCGGGUCAAAGUAUACGACACCGACCCGGCAGUGCUGCGAGCAUUAUCCGGAUCAGGAAUCAAAGUGACGGUUGAUCUUCCAAACCAGCAACUAUUCGCAGCAGCGAAAGCACCCUCCUUUGCAUCAUCAUGGGUCGAGAGAAACGUUGCCGCUUACUACCCUCACACGCAAAUCGAAUCCAUUGCUGUUGGGAACGAGGUAUUUGUGGACACACACAACACCACCAAGUUCCUUGUACCCGCCAUGAAAAACAUUCACCAAGCGCUCGUAAAACACAACCUCGAUUCCGACAUUAAGGUUUCCUCCCCCAUUGCCCUUUCGGCGCUUGCGAAUUCUUACCCGUCAUCGGCCGGGUCGUUCCGACCGGAACUCGUUGAACCCGUUUUCAAACCCAUGCUGGACUUUCUCCGAGAAACCGGAUCAUACUUAAUGGUAAACGUGUACCCGUUCUUCGCGUACGAGUCCAACGCUGACGUCAUCUCUUUGGACUAUGCUCUUUUCCGUGACAACCCGGGCGUGGCGGAUCCGGGUAACGGGUUGAGAUACUAUAACCUAUUUGACGCCCAAAUCGACGCUGUUUUCUCCGCUUUAAGUGCUUUGAAAUACGACGACGUUAAUAUUGUAGUCACCGAAACAGGGUGGCCUUCUAAGGGAGAUAGUAAUGAGGUGGGUGCAAGUGUAGAGAACGCCGCCGCGUACAACGGAAACCUCGUCCGUAAGAUCUUAACCGGUGGUGGGACCCCUCUUCGGCCCAAAGCCGAUCUCACCGUCUAUCUGUUCGCACUUUUUAAUGAGAAUCAGAAGACCGGGCCCACUUCCGAGCGGAACUUUGGGCUCUUUUACCCUGACGAGAAAAGAGUUUACAAUGUUCCGUUAACGGCGGAGGAGCUCAAGGACUACCACGACCGUCCCUCACCGGUGAGUGGUGGCGGCCAGAGACAGGGCACUCCUGCGCAGGCACCCGUCGUGAGCGGCGGCGUGUCGAAGAGCACCACUGGGAACACGUGGUGCGUUGCGAACCCGGACGCGGAGAAAGUUAAGCUGCAGGCAGCUCUAGAUUUUGCUUGCGGCGAGGGAGGUGCUGAUUGCGGUCCGAUUCAGCACGGUGCCACGUGUUACGAUCCUAACACGCUUGUGGCCCACGCUUCGUUUGCGUUCAAUAGUUAUUAUCAGAAGCAAGCGCGGAAGGGCGGUAGCUGCUAUUUCGGGGGUACGUCCUACGUGGUCACGCAGGAGCCGAGGUAUGGGAAGUGCGAGUUUCCUACUGGAUACUAG